CCGGCGAGAAUGGGCUGCGCGGUGAGCACCACCGGCGAGAAAGAAGCCGCGGAAAGGUCGAAGAAGAUCGACAAGGAUCUGAGAGCCGAUGGGGAACGGGCCGCUAGUGAGGUCAAGCUCCUCCUGCUUGGAGCUGGAGAGUCCGGAAAAUCUACUAUAGUAAAACAAAUGAAAAUUAUCCAUGAAACUGGCUAUAGUAAAGAAGAGUGUGAACAAUAUAAACCUGUAGUUUGUAGUAACACAGUUCAAAGUCUUAUGACAAUAAUUAGAGCCAUGGGGCAGCUUAGAAUUGACUUUGCAGACCCUAAUAAAGCGGAUAUAGCACGUCAAUUCUUUACCCUAGCUUCAGCAGCAGAGGAGGGUGAGUUAACUGGGGAACUGGCACUAUUAAUGAAACGAUUAUGGCAGGAUGCUGGAGUACAACUUUGUUUCACACGUAGUAGGGAAUAUCAGCUCAAUGAUUCUGCAGCAUAUUACCUUAAUGCUUUGGAUCGUAUAGCACAACCUAAUUAUAUUCCUACUCAGCAAGAUGUUCUUAGAACGCGUGUGAAAACAACAGGAAUAGUAGAAACACACUUUUCUUUUAAAGGCUUACAUUUCAAAAUGUUUGAUGUGGGUGGUCAAAGAUCAGAAAGAAAAAAAUGGAUACAUUGUUUUGAAGGAGUUACUGCAAUCAUUUUUUGUGUUGCAUUAAGUGGAUAUGACUUGGUUCUUGCAGAGGAUGAAGAAAUGAAUAGAAUGAUAGAGUCAAUGAAAUUGUUUGACUCUAUUUGUAAUAGCAAGUGGUUUGUUGAAACGUCCAUCAUUUUAUUCCUGAACAAAAAAGAUCUUUUUGAGGAAAAGAUCACUAGGAGCCCAUUGACUAUUUGUUUCCCAGAAUAUAAAGGUGCCAACACUUAUGAGGAAUGUGCUUCUUACAUUCAAAUAAAAUUUGAAAAUUUGAAUAAAAGGAAAGAUCAGAAACAAAUCUACACACAUUUUACUUGUGCUACUGACACAUCUAAUAUACAGUUUGUGUUUGAUGCUGUAACUGAUGUUAUAAUCAAAAACAAUUUGAGUAAUUGUGGUUUAUUAAGUUAAAUAUUGCAAUGCCCUAUUAUCAAAUCAAAAAACAAGCAAAUUUACAUCUAUGAACCAAUGUGAGUGCACAAAGGAUACACAUGAGACUGAAAAUAAAUUCUUAGGAACAGAAAUGUAAUUUGGGUAUACCAUCAUGUAUACCAACUAUGUAAUGUCUUCACUUUGUCAUUUUCUGUUGGUUUUUACAAUAUUUUUAUAUAGUAUAUACUAUGAAAUAAUUUGUUAGAUCCUGUGUCUUUUAUCUAUAUCUUUUGUAUGCAAAAAUUCAUGACAUUUCUUCUUAAUUGGCUAGUUCUUAAUUUAUUUUUUUGUUUUAAAUGUUCAAUUGGAAUAUUUAAAAUUUUGAAUUAUAAUAUUCUUAAUAAAAGAACAGAUACUGUUUAUUGAUGAACAAAUAUCUGGUCUUUGCUAAUUGUGUUUAGUAUAUUAACCAGAACUAGUUAGCUAUUAAUUUAGUAAUACCAUUUUGUAUAUAAUUUAUUCAUUAAAAGUAAUAUGUUUAUACUGAGUGGAAACAUAUUUCCAUAACAGUGCUCGAAGCCAUUCAUUUCUCUCAUAAUAAAUUGUCCAUAUUUCAAUGACAUACACAACUUAUUGUGUUGACAGUAUAUAUUUGUACAAGUCAAAUUUGAUAAAAAACUUUUGAUAAAUUUGUAAAAAAAGAAAAACCUUUUUAUAUGUAUCAUUAGAUAAUGUUUAAAGGGUUGUCAUUAUUUUUCUAUCUGCCAAAUAAAUAACAAUGUUAGAAUUAGUUACAGAUUUAGAAAACAGUCAUAUUAUAUUGCUGGAAUAAAUAAAAAACUUUUUUUA